AUGUCAUUCUUUCUUAAUACAUAUGGGUCACAGGAAGUGUCGCAGGAGAAAUUAGAUGUUGCUGAGGUUCAGUUUGAAGCGAUGAACAGUACAUUCAAUAAUAUUUUGAAGAGCUGUUUAGAGAAAUGUAUACCGCAUGAAGGAUACAGUGAAGGAGAUCUGACGAAGGGAGAAAUGUGUUGUAUUGAUCGUUGUGUUGCCAAGAUUCAUUUCAGUAAUCGAUUGAUCGGAGGUCUAGUUCAAGCUAGGGGAUUCACACCGGAGAAUUCAUUACCGCAUUACGAGACUAUCAAAGAUAAACUGCUGCAAUCACAACAACAUGAAGAGAAGUGA